AUGAAUGUAGCAAAGCUACAGUCUGACCGUGAAUAUAAGAAGAACUACGAGAACACUAAAACUAGUUACCAUACACCUGGGGACAUGGUUAGCAUUACAGCUGCAAAGAUGGCCCAGGAUGUUGCCACCAAUGUCAACUACAAACAGCCAAUACAUCACUACACCUACCUACCUGAUGCCUUGAGUCUUGAGCAUACCAGGAAUGUGAACCAAAUUCAGAGUGAUAAUGUAUAUAAAGAUGAGUAUAACAGCUUCUUCAAGGGCAUUGGAUGGAUUCCUAUUGGUUCUUUGGAGGUUGAGAAGGUUAAGAAAGCAGGUGAUGCGCUAAAUGAGAAGAAGUAUCGACAGCACCCAGAUACCAUCAAAUUCACAAGUGUGCCUGAUUCCAUGGGCAUGGUUUUGGCUCAGCAGAACACAAAGCAGCUAAGUGAUUUGAACUACAAGGUGGAGGGAGAGAAACUGAAGCACAAGUACACUAUGGACCCUGAAUUGCCUCAGUUUAUUCAAGCCAAGGUCAAUGCCCUCAAUAUGAGUGAUGCUCAUUAUAAAGCAGACUGGAAGAAAACUCUUGCUAAGGGCUAUGAUUUGAGAACAGAUGCCAUUCCAAUUGUUGCCGCAAAAAGUUCAAGGAAUAUUGCUAGCGAUUUUAAGUACAAGGAGGCCCAUGAGAAAGCCAAAGGCAAGCAUAUUGGAUUUCUCAGUCUUCAGGAUGAUCCUAAACUGGUUCACUACAUGAAUGUAGCCAAAAUACAGUCUGAUCGUGAGUAUAAGAAGGGCUAUGAAGCCAGCAAGACCAGGUAUCACACACCCUUGGAUAUGUUCAGUGUGACAGCAGCAAAGAAAUCUCAGGAAGUUGCUACCAACGCCAACUACAAACAACCCUUCCACAACUAUACUCUCCUGCCUGAUGCCUUGAACAUGGAACACUCUAGAAAUGCGAUGCAGAUUCAAAGUGAUAACUUAUAUAAGUCGGACUUCACCAACUGGAUGAAAGGGAUCGGCUGGGUCCCAAUAGAGUCACUGGAGGUGAAGAAGGCAAAGAAAGCUGGAGAGAUUUUCAGUGAGAAGAAGUAUCGCCAGCACCCGGAGAAGCUGAAAUUCACAUACUCCAUGGACACAAUGGAGCAGGCACUUAACAAAAAUAACAAACUGAAUAUGGAUAAGAGGCUUUACACUGAAAAAUGGAACAAAGACAAGACUACCAUUCAUGUCAUGCCUGAUACUCCGGACAUUGUACUCUCCAAAAUAAACCAGAUCACUAUGAGUGAUAAACUGUACAAAGCUGGCUGGGAAGAAGAAAAGAAGAAAGGAUAUGACCUGAGGACUGAUGCCAUCCCAAUACAGGCUGCAAAAGCCUCUAGAGACAUUGCCAGUGAUUACAAAUACAAGCUAGGCUAUGAAAAAGCCAGAGGAAAACACAUUGGCUUCCGGAGCCUGGAGGACGACCCCAAGUUGGUGCACUUCAUGCAGGUGGCCAAGAUGCAGUCAGACCGGGAAUAUAAGAAGGCAUACGAGCAAUCCAAGACAUCCUUCCAUACACCAGUGGACAUGCUAAGUGUGGUGGCAGCCAAGAAGUCUCAAGAAGUGGCCACCAAUGCCAACUAUAGGAAUGUGAUUCAUAGCUAUAACAUGCUUCCUGAUGCCAUGGGCUUCGAACUGGCCAAAAAUAUGAUGCAGAUUCAAAGUGAUAAUCAGUACAAAGCUGACUAUGCUGACUUCAUGAAGGGCAUUGGAUGGCUCCCCCUGGGCUCCUUAGAGGCUGAGAAAAACAAGAAAGCUAUGGAGAUUAUCAGUGAAAAGAAGUACCGCCAACACCCAGACACUUUGAAGUAUUCCACUUUGAUGGAUUCAAUGAACAUGGUUUUGGCCCAGAAUAAUGCCAAAAUUAUGAAUGAACAACUCUAUAAACAAGCAUGGGAAGCUGACAAGACCAAAGUCCAUAUCAUGCCUGAUAUUCCCGAGAUUAUUUUGGCAAAAGCAAAUGCAAUUAAUAUGAGUGAUAAAAUCUACAAACUUUCUUUGGAGGAGUCCAGGAAGAAAGGCUAUGAUCUCAGAACUGAUGCAAUUCCUAUCAAAGCUGCAAAGGCUUCAAGAGAUAUUGCAAGUGAUUAUAAAUAUAAAAUCGAUUAUGAAAAACAAAGGGGGAAAAUGGUUGGUUUCCGCAGUCUCGAGGAUGAUCCCAAAUUAGUCCAUUCCAUGCAAGUGGCCAAGAUGCAAUCUGAUCGGGAGUACAAGAGAAACUAUGAGAAUACGAAGACCAGCUACCACACCCCUGCAGACAUGCUCAGUGUCACUGCCGCCAAGGAUGCUCAAGCCAACAUUACCAACACAAACUAUAAGCACCUGAUCCACAAGUAUAUCCUCCUUCCAGAUGCCAUGAAUAUUGAACUGACUAGGAAUAUGAAUCACAUACAAAGUGAUAAUGAAUACAAGCAGGACUAUAAUGAAUGGUACAAAGGGCUUGGCUGGAGUCCAGCUGGUUCUCUAGAAGUAGAAAAAGCCAGGAAGGCAACUGAAAUUGCCAGUGAUCAGAAAUACCGCCAGCACCCUAGCAACUUCCAAUUUAAGAAGCUGAAUGACUCCAUGGACAUGGUUCUUGCCAAACAGAACGCACAGACCAUGAACAAGCACUUGUACACUGUUGAUUGGAACAAAGAUAAAACGAAGAUUCAUGUGAUGCCAGAUACACCUGAUAUUUUACAAGCCAAGCAGAAUCAAACACUGUACAGUCAGAAAUUCUAUAAACUUGGAUGGGAAGAAGCUUUGAAGAAAGGCUAUGAUCUCCCACUUGAUGCAAUUUCUGUACAAUCGGCCAAAGCUUCAAGAGACAUUGCUAGUGAUUUUAAAUACAAACAAGGCUACCGUAAGCAACUUGGCCACCAUAUUGGAUUCCGGAGUCUGCAAGAUGAUCCAAAGCUUGUGCUGUCCAUGAAUGUAGCCAAAAUGCAAAGUGAAAGAGAAUACAAGAAGGACUUUGAGAAGUGGAAAACCAAAUAUACUAGCCCAGUGGACAUGCUAGGAGUGGUACUGGCCAAGAAAUGUCAGGCCUUGGUUAGUGAUGCGGACUAUAGGAAUUACCUGCAUCAGUGGACAUGCCUGCCUAACCAGAAUGAUGUUAUUCAAGCUAAAAGAGUUUAUGAACUACAGAGUGAGAAUGUGUAUAAGUCUGACCUUGAGUGGCUGAGAGGCAUAGGAUGGAGUCCCCUGGGUUCCUUGGAGGCAGAAAAAAACAAGCGAGCUUCAGAAAUCAUCAGUGAGAAGAAAUAUCGUCAGCCUGCAGACCAAAACAAGUUCACUAGCAUUCCUGAUGCCAUGGAUAUUGUUCUUGCAAAAACAAACGCCAAAAAUAGGAGUGAUAGACUGUAUAGAGAAGCUUGGGAUAAAGAUAAGACUCAAAUUCACAUUAUGCCUGAUACACCUGACAUUAUGCUGGCUAAAGCAAACUUAGUCAAUACAAGUGAUAAAAUCUAUCGAAUGGGUUAUGAGGAGUUGAAGAAAAAAGGUUAUGAUCUUCCCCUUGAUGCCAUAUCGAUCAAAACAGCCAAAGCAUCCCGUGAAAUUGCCAGUGAAUAUAAAUAUAAGGAAGGCUUUCGCAAGCAGCUGGGCCAUCACAUUGGGGCCCGGGACAUUAAGGAUGACCCCAAGAUGAUGUGGUCCAUGCAUGUGGCCAAGAUCCAGAGUGACAGGGAGUACAAGAAGGACUUUGAGAAGUGGAAGACCAAGUUCUCGAGCCCAGUGGACAUGCUGGGAGUGGUGCUAGCCAAGAAGUGCCAGACCUUAGUCAGUGAUGUGGACUACAAGAACUACCUACACCAGUGGACGUGCCUGCCUGACCAGAGUGAUGUCAUCCAUGCUCGGCAGGCCUAUGACCUUCAGAGUGACAAUGUGUACAAGGCUGACCUUCAGUGGCUAAAAGGCAUUGGAUGGAUGCCUAGUGGUUCUCUUGAGGAUGAGAAGAACAAGAGAGCUACCCAGAUUUUGAGUGACCAUGUUUACCGCCAGCACCCAGAUAAAUUUAAGUUUUCCAGCCUUAUGGACUCCAUUCCAAUGGUUUUGGCAAAAAACAAUGCCAUUACCAUGAACCAUCGCCUCUAUACAGAAGCAUGGGAUAAAGAUAAAACCACUGUCCACAUUAUGCCAGACACCCCUGAAGUGGAACUAGCUAAACAAAACAAAAUAAAUUACAGUGAGAAACUAUAUAAACUUGGCCUAGAAGAAGCCAGGAAGAAAGGCUAUGACAUGAGGAUAGAUGCCAUUCCCAUCCAGGCGGCCAAGGCCUCCAGAGACAUAGCAAGUGAGUUCAAAUACAAAGAAGGCUAUCGUAAGCAGCUUGGCCAUCACAUCGGUGCCAGGGCGAUACAUGACGACCCCAAGAUGAUGUGGUCCAUGCAUGUGGCCAAGAUCCAGAGUGACAGGGAGUACAAGAAGGACUUUGAGAAGUGGAAGACCAAGUUCUCGAGCCCAGUGGACAUGCUAGGAGUGGUGCUGGCUAAGAAGUGCCAGACCUUAGUCAGUGACGUGGACUACAAGAACUACCUACACCAGUGGACGUGCCUGCCUGACCAGAGUGAUGUCAUCCAUGCUCGGCAGGCCUAUGACCUCCAGAGUGAUAAUGUGUACAAGUCAGAUCUCCAAUGGAUGAGAGGCAUUGGCUGGGUUCCGAUUGGCUCUUUGGAUGUAGAAAAAUGCAAAAGGGCAACUGAAAUUUUGAGUGAGAAAAGCUAUCGCCAGUCUCCAGACAAAUUUAAAUUCACCAGUGUGACUGAUUCCCUGGAACAAGUGUUGGCAAAGAAUAAUGCGAUCAAUAUGAACAAGCGCUUAUACACUGAAGCCUGGGACAAAGACAAGACCCAGAUCCACAUCAUGCCAGACACACCAGAAAUUAUGUUGGCAAGAAUGAACAAACUCAACUACAGUGAGAGUCUGUAUAAACUUGCCAAUGAAGAAGCAAAGAAGAAAGGCUAUGACUUGAGAAGUGAUGCUAUCCCAAUAGUGGCUGCCAAGGCCUCCCGGGACAUCGCUAGUGAUUACAAAUACAAAGACGGUUACCGCAAGCAGCUGGGCCAUCACAUUGGGGCCCGGGACAUUAAGGAUGACCCCAAGAUGAUGUGGUCCAUGCAUGUGGCCAAGAUCCAGAGUGACAGGGAGUACAAGAAGGACUUUGAGAAGUGGAAGACCAAGUUCUCGAGCCCAGUGGACAUGCUGGGAGUGGUGCUGGCUAAGAAGUGCCAGACCUUAGUCAGUGAUGUGGACUACAAGAACUACCUUCAUCAGUGGACAUGCCUCCCUGACCAGAAUGAUGUCAUCCAUGCUCGGCAGGCCUAUGACCUCCAGAGUGAUAAUGUGUAUAAGUCCGAUCUCCAGUGGCUGAAAGGCAUUGGCUGGGUCCCCAUUGGGUCUGUGGAGCAAGUCAAGUGCAAGAGAGCUGCAGAGAUAUUGAGUGACAACAUCUACCGUCAGUCCCCAGACAAGCUGAAAUUUACCAGUGUGACUGAUUCCCUGGAACAGGUGCUGGCCAAGAACAAUGCUAUCAACAUGAACAAGCGUUUAUACACCGAGGCCUGGGACAAAGACAAGACUCAAAUUCAUAUAAUGCCUGAUACCCCAGAAAUCAUGUUGGCAAGGCAGAACAAACUCAACUACAGUGAGAGUCUGUAUAAACUUGCUAAUGAAGAAGCAAAGAAGAAAGGCUACGACUUGCGAAGUGAUGCUAUUCCAAUUGUGGCCGCCAAGGCCUCCCGGGACAUCGCCAGUGAUUACAAAUACAAAGACGGUUACCGCAAGCAGCUGGGCCAUCACAUUGGGGCCCGGGACAUUAAGGAUGACCCCAAGAUGAUGUGGUCCAUGCACGUGGCCAAGAUCCAGAGUGACAGGGAGUACAAGAAGGACUUUGAGAAGUGGAAGACCAAGUUCUCAAGCCCAGUGGACAUGCUGGGAGUGGUGCUGGCCAAGAAGUGCCAGACCUUAGUCAGUGAUGUGGAUUACAAGAACUACCUGCACCAGUGGACGUGCCUGCCCGACCAGAAUGAUGUCAUCCAUGCUCGGCAGGCCUAUGACCUCCAGAGUGAUAACGUCUAUAAAUCAGACCUCCAGUGGCUGAAAGGCAUUGGCUGGGUCCCCAUUGGGUCUGUGGAGCAAGUCAAGUGCAAGAGAGCUGCAGAGAUAUUGAGUGACAACAUCUACCGCCAGUCCCCAGACAAGUUGAAAUUUACCAGUGUGACUGAUUCCCUGGAGCAGGUGCUGGCCAAGAACAAUGCUAUCAACAUGAACAAGCGCCUAUACACAGAAGCCUGGGACAAAGACAAGACCCAAGUCCAUAUCAUGCCUGAUACACCUGAAAUUAUGUUGGCAAGGCAAAAUAAAAUAAAUUACAGUGAGAGCCUUUAUCGCCAAGCCAUGGAAGAAGCCAAGAAAGAGGGCUAUGACUUAAGAAGUGAUGCCAUACCGAUUGUGGCUGCCAAGGCCUCCCGGGAUAUUGCCAGUGAUUACAAAUACAAAGAAGCUUAUCGUAAGCAGUUGGGUCACCAUAUUGGUGCUCGAGCGAUACAUGAUGAUCCCAAGAUGAUGUGGUCCCUCUACAUUGCCAAAGUGCAGAGUGACCUUGAGUACAAGAAAGAAUUUGAGAAAUACAAGACCAGGUACAGCAGCCCAGUGGACAUGCUUGGUAUUGUUUUGGCUAAGAAAUGUCAGACCUUGGUUAGUGAUGUGGAUUAUAAACAUCCUUUGCAUGAAUGGACCUGCCUGCCCGACCAGACUGACAUCAUCCAGGCUCGGAAAGCUUAUGACCUCCAGAGUGAUAAUCUGUAUAAAGCAGACCUUGAAUGGAUGAAGGGCAUUGGCUGGGUUCCAAUUGGCUCCGUGGAAGUUGUUAAAGCCAAGAGAGCCACAGAGAUCCUGAGUGAUAAUAUCUACCGUCAGCGUCCAGACACAUUGAAAUUUACUAGCAUAACUGAUUCUCCAGAGCAGGUGCUGGCAAAGAACAAUGCUAUAAACAUGAAUAAGCGCUUAUAUACUGAAGCUUGGGACAAUGAUAAGAAAACAAUCCAUGUCAUGCCUGAUACACCAGAAAUCAUGUUAGCCAAGUCCAACCGAAUAAACUAUAGUGAUAAACUCUAUAAACUUGCUUUGGAAGAAUCCAAGAAGGAGGGAUAUGACUUGCGUUUGGAUGCCAUUCCAAUUCAAGCAGCCAAGGCCUCAAGAGAUAUUGCUAGCGAUUACAAGUAUAAGGAAGGCUACCGCAAGCAGCUCGGUCAUCACAUCGGGGCCCGGGAUAUUAAAGAUGACCCCAAGAUGAUGUGGUCCAUACAUGCAGCCAAAAUCCAGAGUGAUAGGGAGUAUAAGAAGGACUUUGAGAAGUGGAAGACCAAGUUCUCCAGCCCGGUGGACAUGUUGGGGCUGGUGCUCGCCAAGAAGUGCCAGAUCCUUGUAAGCGAUAUAGACUACAAGCAUCCUCUACAUGAGUGGCUCUGUCUACCUGACCAGAAUGAUGUCAUCCAGGCUCGAAAGGCCUAUGACCUUCAGAGUGAUGCUAUUUACAAAGCUGAUCUUGAGUGGCUAAGAGGCAUUGGAUGGGUGCCCAUUGGGUCUGUAGAAGUCGAGAGGGUAAAGAGAGCUGGGGAAAUCCUGAGUGAGAGGAGGUACCGUCAGCCUGCAGACGAGCUCAAAUUCACAUGUGUUACAGACACCCCAGAAAUUGUCCUGGCAAAGAAUAAUGCCCUGACGAUGAGCAAGCAUUUAUAUACAGAAGCUUGGGAUGCUGACAAAACCUCUAUCCAUGUGAUGCCAGACACCCCAGAAAUCUUGCUGGCCAAGAGCAACUCUAUCAAUAUCAGCCAAAAACUUUACACUAAGGGAUGGGAUGAAUCAAAGAUGAAGGAUUAUGAUCUCAGUGCUGAGGCUAUUCCCAUCAAAAGUGCCAAGGCAUCCAGGGACAUCGCCAGUGAUUACAAAUACAAGGAAGCAUAUGAGAAACAGAAGGGCCACCACAUUGGAGCCCAGAGCAUUGAAGAUGACCCCAAGAUUAUGUGUGCCAUACAUGCAGGGAAGAUUCAAAGUGAAAGAGAGUACAAGAAAGACUUCCAGAAGUGGAAGACCAAGUUCACCAGCCCAGUGGACAUGUUAGGCAUCUUGCUGGCCAAGAAAUGUCAGACUCUAGUCAGUGAUGUUGAUUACCGAAAUAUCCUGCAUUAUUGGACAUGCUUACCUGAUCAAAACGACAUUAUUCAAGCAAGGAAGGCUUAUGAUCUUCAAAGUGAUAGUGUGUACAAAGCAGACCUGGAGUGGCUGCGUGGCAUUGGCUGGAUGCCAGAAGGCUCAGUAGAAAUGAACAGGGUGAAGAAUGCUCAGGAUCUACUGAAUGAAAGACUCUAUAGAACAAGACCAGAGGCCAUGAAAUUCACGAGCAUUGUUGACACUCCAGAAGUUGUGCUAGCAAAAGCCAAUUCUCUGCAAAUAAGUGAGAAACUAUAUCAAGAAUCCUGGAAUAAAGAUAAAACCAACAUCAGCAUUCCUUCUGACACACCAGUCAUGCUGCAAGCCCAAAUCAAUGCCUUGCAAAUCAGCAAUAAUGUCUACCAGAAGGACUGGAAUGAGGCCAAGCAGAAAGGCUAUGACUUAAGAGCAGAUGCCAUUGAAAUCACACAUGCAAAAGCCUCCAGAGAAAUUGCCAGUGAGUACAAAUACAAAGAAGGUUACCGCAAACAACUGGGCCACCACGUGGGUUUCCGUAGCCUGCAAGAUGACCCGAAAUUGGUGUGGUCCAUCCAUGCUGCCAAGAUCCAGAGUGACAGAGAAUACAAGAAAGCCUAUGAGAAGUCUAAAGGAAUUUACAAUACACCAUUGGACAUGAUGUCAAUCGUUCAAGCCAAGAAAUGCCAGGUCCUGGUUAGCGAUGUUGAUUACCGAAAUAUUCUGCACCAGUGGAUAUGUCUGCCAGAUCAGAAUGAUGUGAUCCAGGCUAAGAAAGCCUACGAACUCCAGAGUGAUAAUGUGUACAAAGCAGACCUGGAAUGGAUGAAAGGUAUCGGAUGGUUGCCAGAAGGUUCUGUGGAAUUGAAGAGAGUGAAGAAUGCCCAAAAUCUCAUAAAUGAAAGGUUGUAUCGUAUAAGGCCUGAGGCUCUCAAAUUCACAAGCAUUGUUGAUACUCCUGAAGUCAUCUUGGCAAAGACCAAUGCUCUACAGAUCAGUGAGCCGUUGUAUCGCGAUGCCUGGGAGAAAGAGAAGGCUAAUGUGAAUGUGCCUGCUGACACUCCAGUGAUGCUGCAAUCCAAACUCAAUGCCUUGCAGAUCAGCAAUAAACACUAUCAGCAGGCUUGGGAAGAUUUCAAGAUGACAGGUUAUGACCUGAGAGAAGAUGCCAUUGGGAUCCAGCACGCCAAGGCUUCCAGGGAUAUUGCCAGUGAUUAUCUAUACAAGACUGCUUAUGAGAAGCAGAAAGGCCAUUAUAUUGGAUGUCGUAAUGCCAAGGAAGACCCUAAACUUGCUUGGGCAGCAAAUGUAUUGAAGAUGCAGAAUGACAGGCUGUACAAAAAGGCCUACAAUGAUCACAAGGCUAAGGUUUCCAUCCCGGUUGAUAUGGUGUCUAUCAAUGCUGCCAAAGAAGGCCAGGCGUUAGCGAGCAACGUGGACUACCGCCAAUACUUACACCAGUGGUCUUGCUUUCCCGACCAAAAUGAUGUGAUCCAAGCCAGGAAAGCCUAUGAUCUGCAAAGUGAUGCUAUCUACAAGGCUGACUUGGAGUGGUUGCGUGGCAUUGGCUGGAUGCCUGCAGGGUCUCCCGAAGUACUGAGAGUCAAAAAUGCCCAGGAGAUCCUACGAGACAGCGUGUACCGGACACCUGUGGUGAACCUCAAGUACACGAGUAUUGUUGACACACCUGAAGUUGUCCUUGCCAAAUCCAAUGCUGAAAAUAUUAGUAUUCCAAGGUACCGAGAACUUUGGGACAAGGAUAAAACUUCGGUCCACAUAAUGCCAGAUACUCCAGAAAUUAAUCUCGCUAGAGCCAAUGCUCUUAAUAUCAGCAAUAAAAUUUACCGUGAAGGUUGGGAUGAAGUAAAAAUGAGUUGUGAUGUCCGUCUGGAUGCCAUCCCUAUCCAGGCUGCCAAGGCCUCCCGGGAGAUUGCCAGUGAUUAUAAAUAUAAGCUUGACCAUGAGAAGCAGAAGGGACACUAUGUGGGCACUCUCACAGCCCAGGGUGACAACAAGAUCCGGUGGGCCCUCAUAGCUGGCAAGAUUCAGAAUGAAAGAGAGUACAGGCUGCCAUGGGCCAAAUGGAAGACAAAGUUCCAAAGUCCUGUGGAUAUGCUCUCCAUCUUGCAUUCUAAAAAAUGCCAGACUCUGGUCAGCGAUAUUGAUUAUCGCAAUUACCUUCACCAAUGGACGUGCAUGCCUGACCAGAAUGAUGUGAUUCAGGCCAGGAAAGCCUACGACCUGCAAAGUGAUGCUGUGUACAAGGCUGACUUGGAGUGGUUACGUGGAAUUGGGUGGAUGCCAAAUGAUUCCGUUUCUGUCAAUCAUGCCAAACAUGCUGCGGAUAUCUUCAGUGAGAAAAAAUAUCGCACAAAAAUAGAAACUCUCAACUUUACUCCUGUGGAUGACAGAGUUGAUUAUGUGACAGCAAAGCAAAGUGGUGAGAUCCUAAAUGAUAUUAAAUACAGGAAAAAUUGGAAUGACACCAAAUCCAAGUACACCCUCACAGAAACCCCUCUGCUGCACACUGCCCAGGAGGCAGCCCGGAUACUGGACCAGUACCUCUACAAGGAAGGCUGGGAGAAACAAAAAGCCACAGGUUACAUUUUGCCUCCAGAUGCUAUCCCGUUUGUUCAUGCCCAUCACUCUAGUGAUGUUCAGAGCGAGCUGAAAUACAAAGCUGAACAUGUAAAACAAAAAGGUCAUUAUGUUGGUGUUCCGACGAUGAGAGAUGAUCCUAAACUGGUUUGGUUUGAGCACGCAGGCCAGAUUCAGAAUGACAGACUAUACAAAGAGGACUAUCAUAAAACAAAGACCAAAAUCAAUAUACCUGUUGAUAUGGUAUCAGUCUUGGCCGCCAAACAGGGGCAGUCCCUUGUCAGUGAUAUUGAUUACCGUAAUUACCUUCACCAAUGGAUAUGUCAUCCUGACCAAAAUGAUGUUAUUCAGGCAAGGAAGGCUUAUGACCUACAGAGUGAUAAUAUCUACAAAGCUGACCUGGAGUGGCUCCGAGGCAUUGGCUGGAUCCCCCUGGACUCUGUGGACUAUGUGAGGGUCACUAAAAACCAGGAAAUGGUGAAUCAGAUAAAAUAUAAGAAAGAUGCUCUUGACAACUAUCCUAACUUCACAAGUGUGGUGGACCCUCCAGAAAUUGUUUUAGCCAAGAUUAAUUCAGUCAAUCAAAGUGAUGUAAAAUAUAAAGAAACAUUUAAUAAAGAAAUAAAGGGCAAGUAUAUAUUUUCUCCAGAUACACCAUAUAUCAACCACUCCAAAGACAUGGGAAAACUCCAUAGUACCAUACUGUAUAAAGGAACAUGGGAGGGAACCAAGGCCUAUGGUUAUACCUUGGAUGAACGCUAUAUCCCCAUCGUUGGUGCCAAGCAUGCUGACUAUGUGAACAGUGAGCUUAAAUACAAAGAGACGUAUGAGAAGCAGAAGGGACACUACCUGGCUGGAAAGGAAAUCAGUGAAUUCCCUGGUGUGGUUCACUCUUUGGAUUUCCAAAAGAUGAGGAGUGCGUUGAACUACAGAAGAGAUUAUGAGGACACCAAAGCAAAUGUACAUAUCCCCAAUGAUAUGAUGAACCAUGUGUUGGCUAAAAGGUGCCAGUAUAUCCUCAGUGACCUGGAAUACCGAAACUACUUCCAUCAGUGGACAUCUCUUCCAGAAGAGCCCAACAUUAUAAGGGCCCGAAAUGCACAGGAGAUCUUGAGUGAUAAUGUGUAUAAAGAUGACUUGAAUUGGCUGAAAGGCAUUGGAUGCUAUGUUUGGGACACACCCCAGAUCCUCCUUGCCAAGAAAUCAUAUGACCUACAGAGUCAGAUACAAUAUACAGCAGAAGGUAAAGAAAAUCUACAAAAUUAUAAUAUGGUGACAGAUACACCGGUUUAUGUGACUGCUCUUCAAAGUGGCAUUAAUGCCAGUGAGGUGAAAUAUAAAGAAAAUUACCAUAAGAUCAAGGACAAAUAUACAACAGUCCUAGAAACAGUGGAUCAUGACAGAAUCAAGAAUCUGAAGGAUCUAUAUAGCAGUAACCUGUACAAGGAUGCCUGGGAGAAAGUGAAAGCCACCAGUUACAUCAUCCCUACCAACAGUGUGUCACUGACACAUGCUAAGAACCAGAAACAUCUGGCCAGCAAUAUCAAAUAUCGGGAGGAAUAUGAAAAGUUCAAAGCUCUUUAUACUUUACCAAAAAGUGUUGAAGAUGAUCCAAAUACAGCCCGGUGCCUCAGAGUUGGCAAAUUAAACAUUGAUCGUCUGUACAGAUCAGUUUAUGAAAACAACAAGAUGAAAAUCCACAUCGUGCCUGACAUGGUAGAAAUGGUUACUGCUAAGGAUUCUCAGAAGAAAGUCAGUGAGGUUGAUUACCGCCUGCAUCUCCAUGAGUGGAUUUGCCACCCUGACUUGAAAAUCAAUGAUCAUGUGAGGAGAGUCACAGAUCAGAUCAGUGAUAUUGUGUACAAGGAUGACCUCAACUGGCUGAAAGGCAUUGGUUGCUAUGUCUGGGACACUCCUGAAAUUCUCCAUGCCAAACAUGCUUAUGAUCUUCGCAAUGAUAUUAAGUACAAAGCUCAUGUACAGAAAACAAGGAAUGACUACAAGCUAGUCACUGAUACACCCGUCUAUGUGCAGGCUGUCCAAAGUGGGAAACAAAUAAGUGAUGCUGUCUACCACUAUGACUAUGUGCACAGCAUCAGAGGCAAAGUGGCUCCAACUACAAAAACAGUGGAUCUAGACCGGGCCAUUCAUGCAUACAAGCUGCAGAGUGAGAAUCUGUACCGAAGAUCUGGCCUGCGCUACCUGCCCACAGGAUAUAGGCUUCCAGUUGACACACCUCACUUCAAACAUAUCAAAGAUACCCAAUACAUGAGCAGUUAUUUCAAGUACAAAGAAGUUUAUGAACACAUCAAGGCAAACGGGUACACACUUGGACCCAAUGACGUUCCAUUUGUCAAUGUCCGGAGAGUCAAUAAUGUCACCAGUGAGAGAUUGUAUCGAGAGUUAUACCACAAACUGAAAGACAAGAUUCACACAACUCCAGACACACCUGAAAUCCGCCAAGUCAAGAAGACACAAGAGGCUGUCAGUGAGUUGAUCUACAAAUCAGACUUCUUCAAGAUGCAGGGCCACAUGAUCUCACUACCAUAUACACCGCAAGUGAUCCAUUGUCGCUACGUGGGAGACAUCACCAGUGAUAUUAAAUACAAAGAGGAUUUGCAGAUCCUGAAAGGACUGGGCUGCUUCCUGUAUGAUACUCCAGACAUGGUCCGUUCCCGGCACCUGCGAAAGCUCUGGUCUAAUUACCUGUAUACUGAUAAAGCAAGGAAGAUGCGUGACAAGUACCAAGUGGUCCUUGAUACUCCAGAAUAUAGAAAAGUGCAGGAACUAAAGACACAUCUAAGUGAGCUGGUGUACAGAGCAGCAGGCAAGAAGCAGAAGUCCGUCUUCACUUCAGUUCCUGAUACUCCUGAUCUUCUAAGAGCCAAGCGAGGGCAGAAGCUUCAGAGUCAGUAUCUGUAUGUUGAACUUGCCACCAAAGAGAGACCCCAUCAUCAUGCUGGAAACCAGACCACAGCUUUGCAGCACGCUAAAGAUGUGAAGGACAUGGUCAGCGAGAAAAAGUACAAGAUUCAGUAUGAAAAGAUGAAAGACAAGUACACUCCGGUUCCAGAUACACCAAUCCUCAUCAGAGCCAAGAAAGCUUACUGGAAUGCUAGUGAUAUAAGACUGCUUUUAAUUGUAAUGAGUUUAUCUGUUAAUGAAGACGUGGCAUUAAUCAAUCCAGGGUUGAUGGCCAGUCCUUCGUCUCCAAGCCCAACUGUGAAUGCAUCAUACCCAUUACCAGAACCAGAAUUUUUGGAAGAAUUGUUGGAACUUAAAGCUAGACCAAAACUCAAGCACCUUGUAACCCUUCAACAUAGCAACACAGCCCUAGGAUAUCAAGGCAUCUUAAAAGGCAUCAUACUGAUCUUUAAACAGACGAAUUGA